AUGCUGCAGAGCGGCCCGCGCGUGCUCGGCUCCCGGCUCCGCGGCCCGCGCGCUCUGGACGGACACCGACCUCACCCGCCCGCGGUCCCGGCGGCACGGCGGGGGCGAGGCCGCCCGCGCGCUUAUAUACGCGCCCAACGACAGUCUGCGCCGGGGAAACAAGCAAAUAUGCCACUGGGUGUAAGAACAGGGGGAGAUGAGCAGAAGGACACAUUGCAUCUACCCCUGUCUCUAAGAGAAAACCAUGACCAAAAGGACAGGUUAAAUAGCAGGUGUAUUCCAAGUAAACGAGAAAAUGACACAGAGGAAAAGUUUGAAGAUGCCCAUGAAAUUAUCCCUGUGGCAACAACAAUGAAUCUAGAAUCCUCAUUGGAAGAAUGCACAACCGGAUUGUACUUAUUUCUAAAUAACAGAUUCUCUGAAGCAAUAAAUCGUAUUCACCCGUGGUCUAAAAACAGCCCAUACCAUGCCCUGCUCUACAGCAUGCUCAUGGUUGUCAAGGCCAUCCUGACUUUUGAUUCACAGGACAUUCACAUUGGAACAGCAGCUACAAGGGAAGCUUUGAAAACCUGCAAUGGUUUCCGGAAAAAAAACAGGAUGUAUUUUUACCAGCUGGUAGGUAAACAGGGAAUAAAGUCUGUCAAAGAAGAGGAGUUGCAUGCAGAAGUCUGUUACGCUGAGUGUUUGAUCUUGAAAUCCGCCAUAACAUUUAUACAGGAUGACAGUUUGCUUAGUAUUAUUAAAAGCAGCAUCAGUAUCGGGACAAGUUACCAAAUGUACAAAGACUGUCAACAUUUAUUGACACUUAUACCUAACCACCAAAGCAAACUCCACAGACACCUGGAGGGAGGAAUAAAAUUUGGUCUUGGAGCAUUUAAUCUGUUAUUAUCACUUGUGCCACCAAAGACACUUAAACUUCUCAACAUUGUAGGCUUUUCUGGUGAUAAAGAGGUAGGUCUGACUUUGCUUCUUGAGAGUGCAUCUCAACCCCAUAUAAAUAACAUCUUCAGUACUUUUACACUUCUCUUUUAUUACAAUUAUAUCCGUGUAGUCAUUGGUUUUGAAAUGGCUAAUAGUUCUGCUACAGAAAGUCUCUUCUUAGUCUACCUGCAAAAAUUUCCAAACUGUGUUGUACUUAAAUUUUUUGGGGCACGAUUUACCAUGCUAACAGGAAAUUUCGAAAAGGCAUUGUUAAAGUUCAAGGAAUGCAUUUGUACUCAGAACGAAUGGAAGGAAGUCCACCAUCUCUGUUACUGGGAACUCAUGUGGUGCCAUAUUUUCCUACAGAAUUGGAUGCAGGCUUACCAUUGCGCCAGCCUGCUGUCUCAACAUAGCAGGUGGUCCAAGGCGAUGUAUGCGUACAGCAAAGCUAUGCUGCUGGCCUUGCUUCCUACUCACUUUGUGAAGCCAGUGAGUGAGGACAUGAGCUCUCUCUUCUUAAGUGUAGAUAGCCUGAGGAUCAAGAUCCUUGGCACUUCUAUGCCAAUAGAAAAGUUUGUUGCUGAGAAAGGUCAUCGCUAUGGCACUACAACCGGCUGGUAUACAGCACAGCCCCUUCUGGAAUUCAUUUAUGCCUGGAGUGGUUUCCGAAUCAUGAGCAAAAAAGUAGAGGUUAUUUACAGUUGGCUACUAGUAAUCAACAGAGGAAAAGACCUUUUGCAAGAAAAUCCAAGUGAGGAGUAUGGCACAGAUGACUUAAGUUUGCUAAAUUUGCUGAAAGGUCUAUGCCUGGAGCUCUUAGGCGAAUAUUGUAAGGCUGAGCAGUACUUCAAUCGUGUGAUUGAGAAGGAAAAAUUAUUAAAAUAUGACCACUAUUUGGUGCCCUAUACUUACUAUGAACUAGGGAUGCUAUACUACCUAAAAGGAGAUUACGUCACUGCAACAAAAACCCUAGAUCUCAUCAAGAACUACAAAGACUACUCCAUGGAGGCCCGGUUACAGUUUAGGGUUCACAUAGCCCUUGAGCAAAUGGCUAAAGAGAACAUUCAGACCUGA